UGUGUGACCGGAUUCUUACAGAAGUCUUCGUAAUGGAAUUGUAAAUAAAUAAAAGUAAAUAGGAAUUAAGUAAAAAAACUCACAAAAAAUGCUGCGUUUUGGUACACAAUUGUGGCGGCAAGUCCCUUGCACUAAGCUGAGGGUGUCUGGAAUGCCGGUCUUCAGAAAUACACUUCAAUUGGUGACCAGGAAGAUGACACAACAGCGGCCACCGGUGGAUUUCACGACAAGUAUUCGCACAAAAUCGGCCAAGGAUAGUGAGAAGAUCACGGCCCUUGGUUGGUUCCUGCUGCUUAUUCCCACCACCACUUUUGGCCUGGGCUGUUGGCAAGUGAAGCGCAAGAUCUGGAAGGAGCAACUGAUAGAGGAACUAAAUGACCAGUUAAGUCAACCACCAACACCUCUUCCUGAAGACCUCAGCGACCUGUCUCAUAUGGAGUACCGUCUAGUCAAGAUUCGUGGUCGCUUUCUUCACGAUAAGGAAAUGCGCAUGGGUCCUCGAUCACUCAUACGCCCCGAUGGCGUGGAGACGCAGGGAGGCCUCUUCUCCCAAAGGGAUUCCGGCAAUGGCUACCUAAUAGUUACCCCCUUUCAGCUGUCGGAUAGAGACGACAUCGUUCUAAUCAACCGAGGAUGGGUUUCCCGAAAACAAGUGGAGCCAGAAACUCGAGCCUUGGGUCAACCCAAAGAGGAGUUGGAACUCACAGCUGUUGUGCGCAAAGGAGAAGCUCGUCCCCAGUUCACUCCCGACCACAAGGAUGGCAAAGUGUUCCUCUAUCGCGACCUGAGUCGUAUGUGCGCUGCGUCGGGAGCUGCCCCCGUCUUCUUAGAUGCCACCUACGACGCCAAGUCGGCGCAGAACGGGCCCAUUGGAGGGCAGACGCGGGUCACCCUGCGCAAUGACCACCUCUCGUAUCUCAUCACCUGGUUCAGCUUGUCGGCAGCCACAUCCUUCCUCUGGUACAGGCAGAUAGUCAAGAGGAUACCUUUUUAGAGGAUAAUUGAAACGCACCGUUGUUAUUUUUAUAAAAUUUACAUGCUCUCGUGUAAA